UUCACCGGCGCUGCUCUGCGGGGAAAGCCGAGCCCCGCCCCGCCCCGCGAGGCAGCAGCUCCAGGGCGCUGUCGGGGCGCUGCCCGACAGACGCAGCUCGUUCAGGCGGAGCCCCCGAGGGCGCGGCCCCUUCCCUGGACUGAAGGCAGCCUUCUGGCUGGCGCAACGCCCCACCUCCGUUCCCAGCUGAGGGACGCAGGGAAAUUCUUCACUCGGCCGCCGUUCCCGGAAGGCUCCGGCGUUUCAAGCGCCGUUGCGGGAGGCCCGGAAGGGCAAGGCCGAGGUGAGAGGAGCCGCCGACGGGAGCUCCAGGCCCCGCGUUCCUCGCCCUCCAGCGCUUCCAACAACCCCGGCAGGCAGGCAGGCCCGUCCCAGCCAACCCCCGGCGACAGGUCCCGCCCGCCGCGUCUCUUCCGCGGAGACCUUCGCCGACAAGCCCGGAGGAGGAGGCGGCGCAGGGGGCGGCGGCGGAGACUCCACCUGGGGAACCUUCCCCGCUCUAUAAAGAAGCGCCCGCGCGCGGACGGCAACACUUCGGCCUCACGGAGGCGCCCGGCCGGGCGUGAGCGAGGAACGGCGCCGCGAGAAGCAGCCAUGGAUCUGGACCGACUGCCGCCGAGUGCCCUGCGCUUCCCCGGCUGGAGCGAGCCCUCGCUGCCCUUCGGCCGCACCGUCGGCAGCGGGCGGGAAGAGUCGCCGGAGAGCGGCUACCUGAGUCUGUGCGGCUGCAGCCUUGAGGGCGGCGGAGAGUCCGGUGGAUCCGACCGCGGCCCGUGGAGCCCCCCGGAACAGGGCCGAACGGAGAGGCGGAGGAAGGUGGAAUUCUUCCGCAAACUGGGCUACUCCUCGCAGGAGGUGCUGGGCGCCCUGCAGAAGCACGGCCCGGAGGCGGACACCAACACCAUCCUCGGGGAGCUGGUGAAACACGGGGCGGCCCCGGGGGAGAGGGAGCGGGAGCCCGCCCAGGCGAUCCCGGAGGCCCCAGAGGCGCCGCCCACCCCCAGCAGACCCCCAACGCAGCCCGGGCCUCCGGACGAGCAGGAUGGGGAUCAUCUGCGCCCGAUCGUGAUUGAUGGGAGCAACGUGGCUAUGAGUCAUGGAGACAAAGACACCUUCUCCUGCCGAGGCAUCCAGCUGGCUGUGACCUGGUUUCUGGAUAGAGGACACAAGGAUGUCACAGUCUUCGUCCCAUCUUGGAGAAAAGAGCAUCCACGCUCUGAUGUCGCCAUUACAGACCAGCACAUCCUCCAUGACCUCGAGAAGAAGAACAUCCUUGUCUUCACUCCUUCCCGGCGAGUGGCAGGCAAGCGAGUGGUCUGCUACGAUGACCGCUUCAUUGUGAAGCUGGCCUGGGAGUCAGAUGGCAUUGUGGUUUCCAACGAUGUCUACCGGGAUCUGCAAGCAGAACGGCCAGAGUGGAAGAAGUUCAUUGAAGAACGCUUGCUGAUGUAUUCCUUUGUCAAUGACAAGUUCAUGCCUCCCGAUGACCCCUUAGGGCGCCAUGGACCCAGCCUGGAUAAUUUCCUGAGAAAGACACCAGCAGUGCCCGAGCACAAGAAGCAGCAGUGCCCAUAUGGCAAGAAGUGCACCUAUGGAAUCAAGUGCAAGUUCUAUCACCCUGAGCGGCCGCACCAACUGCAGCGCGCUGUUGCUGAUGAGCUCCGGGCCAACGCUGGGCUCUCCCCCACCAGGACUGCGCCAGCCAUCAAGGAGGAGAGGAAGAGCAGGAGGCCCCCCCAUGGGGAGUGCUGGGGCUCUGCACCUGCAGAGAGUGAGAACGUUCCCCUGCAGAAGGCCUUGGCUGAGAAGAUGAGCUCUGCCCCUCACAUUAGACAUGGUGAUGUGCCACCCUUCUUCCUCAGUGCCCACGGCAUCCCAGCCCAGAAAAGCCACAGUUACAGGAAUUCAGAUCAGUACCAGCUGUCUCCCAGGGAUUCCCUUGCCCAUGUCUCUCAAGACCACCUUGACUCAGGCCUUGGCUCCCUUGAGAGCCAGCUCUCUGAAAUGUGGCCCAGCCCCUCGGCUAGUCCUGUCAAGUGGGCCCAGCAAGAGCUGCUUGGGGGGAGCAGCUGCAGGGGGCAGGUGCCUGCUUAUCGGGUCCCUCCUGUAUCCAGGAGGUACAGCCAGUAUCUGCCUCAGAGCUUCCUGCCAUCCCCAUCUGAACAGGUCGCUCCUCACUCCUUUCCUGACUAUGAUGUGGCCACCAGUGCUUCUCUGGGCCCUGGGCGUGAGUACUGGUCCGAGCCGUACCAUCCGGGACCUGCAGCGCACCAAGACCUGCCAAGGGCUCCCUGCCUGGCCUACAAGGACUCCUCACGCCAUUGGGCCACUCCGGACAGUUUUGCAGAUGAGCGUGCAAAAGUGCAUGUCAAGCUUUGUGGGAUCUUCCAUCCUCACCUGGUGGACACUGUCAUGAGCCGCUUCCCACACCUCUUGGACCCACAACAGCUGGCUGCUGAAAUCCUUACAUACAAGACCCAACACCCCGGGGUGUGACAUGGCUGGAAGCCCAACUCUGGGAUGGGGCAAAAUGUCCCUUUCUGCCUGCAGUUUAGACCAUCAUCCAGUGGCCACUCAUGGAGGGCAUGCAUCAGACUUGUUGGUGGCUCAGGUGGGAUGAAAAGGUCUGCCUCAAGCAAUCCAAGAAAGUGGCCCAGGAACCACAAUGCUGAGCCAUUUUCUCUUGCUGCAUGAAGCUUGACUGUCUGGUUUGUUCCAAGCAGAAUGCAGGCAGCACGGCCUUGCUGGCAAUGAGAGUGUCUUUUGCUCCUGACAAUGGCUGCUCAGAAGAAGUUGACAUGGAAAGGAACAUGGAGGAAGUCCCAAGUUUUCUGGCUAUGGCACAGCCAGAAUUGGAGCGGAGCAGAGAAGAUGUUACGAUUUACAACCAUAGCUGUUCCCCAAAUGGCUGCAGUGGGACGUGGCUGGUCACAAAAGAAAUCAGAGGGAGGAAAAAGUUCCAGGGUCUGCAGAAUGUACUGUGAGGAAUGAACUGAAUCUGACUUGCAUCCUAUCUGCCCCUGCUUCCAGGUGGCCGGGAAAUGCUUCCUUCUUCACCCCAAGGCAGACAGCAGCCCAGUGGGUGUAGUGGUGGUUUCUCCUCAUUGCUUGGGUGGAAAACAAUUCUGAGGUCCAUUACUCAGAUUUGGGGUAUUGCUGUCUGUACCCCAAGAGCUUGAUGCUUGUGGAAAAGAAGCUGGCAAGGACAAUGACUGCCCAGGAGAGUAGGAGGGAAAUUCUGGAAGGGCUUCCUCCCCCUCUCUGCUGGUGUGGUUGUCCCAGUGGUCUCCUUUCCCUUGGUUUGGAACCUUCUUGGAUUGUGAAGCAUAACAUUUGUUUCAAGCCAAAAAUCAGCUGUCAUUUCAGUUCCCCAAAGUUCUGUGUUACUCUUCAAGAGUAAGAUUUGAAAAUAUCAAGGCCUCCAUGUUAUUUCCUCAUGGCUAUGAGGGGCUCUGCAUCCCUUCUCCUCCAGUGCUGCUGAUGGCAGGCGAGUCCUGCAUGCAGGGCACCUACAACUCUUCUCAGAGCGUUGUGGCUUCUGCCCUGAGAUAGAGCAGUGGUGCUAAAAAUGUUCCAUGGGGCAUCUUAACAAUGUUAGCGUUAUAAUCAAGUUUAUAUUUUAAGCUCAGAUGUCACAAACCCCAAGACUAAAUGCAAAACGUAUUAAUGUGAAACCAGGGUCUCCAGAAAAGCGACUUGCUUGAAAUCAACUGUUGGGGAGCCUCUUUAGUGCCAGCUGUUUUGGGCAACUUGCUUGUCUGCUGACAGAAGACAACUCUACCACUUUCUCAGUGGCUGUAGAAAGGCCCACUAGAAACUUGAGGGGGGGGGGCGUGUUUAGCUAAUCCUUUUCUAUCAGCUCAGUCUUGAGGAUUGGUAAGUCCAAUAUGGACAGUUACAGAUCCUUCGGUAAUGAAUUUGCAACAAUUGUCCCUGGUCCUGCCCUUUUCAGAAUAAGUGAUUCACUUGCAGGCCGGGAUCAGUUGAUCAGUUGAUGCACAUUGCAUCGGUCUCUUGAGUGGUUCUUUGGAGUGGUUGAUGCUGAAGUCAUCCCAGGGGCUGCUGCCUGGGGGAAAAGCAGGGCAGAAGUCCCUGUGGGCAGCUGGCAAUGCCACCAGGUCCUGCUGCUCUCCCUGCAAAGUGCCCUGAAGAUUGGUCAGCCAUGCCAGCACCGUGUGCUGAGGAGGCCACAUGUCCAAAGAACCCCUGUUGUAUCUGGUUAAUUAUGAUCCAUCACAGAAAUGUGGUGUUUCGUGUUAGUAAGCAAAAUGCUUUUUAGUAAUCAUUUAUAAUCUUACAACUUUGCACUUGUAAAUUACAAGAGUCAUAGUUUUUAAUGAAAUGCUUUAUGAGGCUGCUUUGGUGAUGGUUGGUCUCCCUUUAUUCUGCCCUAGGCAGAGUUGCAAUCAAGUAAAAAAAUAAACCAACCUUGAACCUUGGAAUGGCUGUCUCUUUUUCUUCAAGGGUGAAGUCUCUUUCCAAAGUACCAAUCAAAGCUUUGGAUGCUAAAACCACUCUUCGCUCUUUGCUACAAAGCUUCUCAAAGCAAAAGGGUAGUGCCCUCUGCCAUGGCCCAGAGGCUUCGGAAGGUGGCCACGGGAUGCUAGGAAGUCCACAGGAACAUGUCUCCCCUCCAGGAUAGCUAAGCUGGGGUCAAACCCAUUGGCCAGUAACUGAGCGGGCCUGCAUCCAGAGGAAGAAGAGGGAGUUCAGAAGAGCUCUUUACCACAUGAAGGUGAACAUUUGCUCUCCUAUGGCCACGCUAAGGUAGGAACAGGCAAUCCAGCUUGUGCGAUGAUUUGCAAAGCAGUUCACACUUUACUUCACUGCAGGCGGAAGGCAGAGGAUAAAGAUGCUUAAGAACAGCAAUGCACGCAAUUAGGUGGGUCCCAUUAUGAGCAGGACAGAGAUC